GACACUGCACAUCCUCUCAUGUGUAGCUGCAUUUCUGCUGGAGAAACCCGACCACUGACCAGCAAACACACAGCAGGCCGACACAGCGCUGAGCUGCUGCCGAGCCGACGCAGCUCGUCCUGCUUCCUCAACUUUCCAGCAGAGAGUGAAGUCAGCGCUGAGCCCCACACUGAGAUGAAGAGCCUCCUCAUCCUCUCCUGGCUGCUGUGUGUCCGAGCAGAAGGUCUGCAUGAGGACAUCUCGAUCACCGGCUGCUCGGGCUCGGGGGGCGAGGCCAUGGACGGGCUGGACGCCGAGCAGCGAUGGUAUGCAGACUUCGUCAACAAGAGAUGGGUGGAUGCGAUGCCCAAGUUCGCAGAUCCAGUGACCUGCCCGGGAUGUUAUGAACAAGCUGUGGCCGGUCAGGCGAUCUGCCAACAAAACCUGGCCACUCUUAUCAAAGCCUUUGACAACCCGCCGGUGCAGCUCGACGCUCCUCGCAGCACCAUCUACCCCCGAGACGACGUGCAGCUCCACGUGGAGAACCACCUCAUCUGCCAUGUGAGCGGGUUCUUUCCCGCUCCUGUCUCCGUCUACUGGACCAGGAACGAGCAGAACGUGACCGAGGGAACCAGCAUCAACACCCCGUACCCCAGCAAAGACGGAACCUUCACCCAGAUCUCCACCCUGAAGUUCACCCCCCAGCAGGGAGACAUCUACAGCUGCACGGUGCAGCACCCAGCUCUGGAGCAGCCGCUGACCCGAGUCUGGGGUGUCGCUCCUGCAGAAGAGGAGCAGGACCGGCCGGGUAUCGGACCUGUGGUGUUUUGUGGACUGGGUCUGACCGUGGGUCUGCUGGGCGUGGUCACAGGAACCUUCUUCUGCAUCGCAGCAACCAAAUGCAGCUGAUUGGCCAGUGCUGAUGUUGGCGGAGCUCCUGCAGCCUCCAAUCAGGGAGGAGGAGGAGGGUUUCUGGUUUCUGAUGUGCUGAUGACCUUCAACACUUCAGCAGAGACACGUCUCCUCGCUGCAGCCAGCAGAAAUUAUUUCUGUCUGAAGAGCUCCAGGAACACCAGCCGGCAUAACCAUCAGCUGAUAUAACCUGCCAUGGAUAAUGACAAAAUCUGAAUUCUAUAUGGAAACUGUAAAAAUAAAGUGAUUUGAUCAGUCAUAGUUUUGAAUUCUUGAAUUCCAGAUGGACACAAUCUGAACACAGCAAAUUAG